AAACAUAGCAGAGCAACCAUUGUUGUAACAUGUAUUGACCUGAAUCAUAGCCUUCUUCUUCUUUAAUAUUUCUUUCUUCUGUUCUUUCGUAGCGUGCGUGGCAAGUAAUUUCUAUCCUGCUACAUUAAUCAGGUUAGAUCUUUCUCUUCUUUCGGCGAUUUUUCCACAUUGCAGAAAUUACAUGCUUGAAGGUCAAAACAAAAAAUAGAAGCUUCAAUAUUAGCUAAUUAAGUGUGUAUUUUAAUUUCUCAUAUUUCUUUAUACUUUGUCUAGGAAUGUAAAAUUCUUGCUAGAUGUUUUUUGCAGGGCAAGUACUCCGUAUUAUGUAAAGAUCGAAAUUAGAUUAAUUAGGAGGCUGCUGAAAUAACAAUUGAUCAUUAAGUAGUAAAUAUUAAGUCAUGUUGGAAGGGCAGCUGCAAGUGCUUAACGCGCUUGAUGUGGCCCGAACACAAUGGUACCAUUUCAAGGCCAUUGCGAUUGCUGGUAUGGGAUUCUUAACGGAUGCAUAUGACUUGUUCUGCAUCUCAAUGGUAGCGAGGCUGCUCGGACGUUUAUACUACACUGUACCUGGCGCAGACCACCCAGGGACCUUGCCUAUCAAUGUUGCAGUUGCUGUAAAUGGGGCCGCGCUUUUUGGUACAUUAUUUGGACAGCUUUUCUUUGGUUGGCUUGGUGAUCAUAUGGGAAGAAAAAAGGUGUAUGGUAUAACACUGGUUUUGAUGAUCUUUUCGUCUUUUGCUUCGGGACUUUCCUUUGGGAAAACUGCCAAGGGUGUAAUGGCUGGUCUUUGUUUUUUCCGAUUUUGGCUUGGGUUUGGUGUUGGAGGAGAAUACCCUCUUUCGGCUACUAUCAUGUCUGAGUACGCUAACAAGAAGAGCCGUGGGACAUUUAUUGCCGCGGUUUUUGCAAUGCAAGGCAUGGGUAUAUUAGCCGGUGGGAUUGUGGCCUUAAUUGUUUCCGCGGCCUUUGAAAGGAAAUAUAAACCUCCCCCUUUUAAUGUAGACCCUGUGGCGUCUAUCCCACGGGAAGCAGACUAUAUUUGGCGAAUUGUCUUGAUGUUCGGAGCCUUUCCUGCUGCCCUUACAUACUAUUGGCGUAUGCAGAUGCCUGAGACUGCUAGGUACACCACUCUUGUAGCAAAGAACCCUAGACAAGCUGCUGAAGAUAUGUCGAAAGUCCUCAAUGUUCAUCUAGACGCGGAGGAAGAGAGGGUUGAGAGGCUAGUACGAAGUGAGAGGCAUAAGUUCGGGCUAUUCUCACGUGAAUUUGCUAGUCGGUAUGGUAUCCGCCUCCUAGGAACCACCAGUACUUGGUUCUUACUCGACAUUGCAUUUUAUAGUCAAAACCUUUUUCAAAAGGAUCUUUACUUCUCCGUUGGUUGGAUCCCACCAACGGAUGAGAUGAGUGCUAUAAGGGAGGUUUACCUAAUAGCGAGAUUUUCAACCUUGAUCGCUCUUUGUGGAACUGUCCCUGGGUACUGCAUCACUGUUGCUUUCAUAGAUGUAAUUGGACGAUGGUGGAUUCAGAUGAUGGGAUUCUUUUUCAUGACAAUUUUCAUGUUCGCCAUUGCCUUUCCCUAUGACCAUUGGAACUCAAAGGACCACCGUAUUGGCUUCCUCAUUUUAUACGGUCUAACCUUCUUCUUUGCUAACUUUGGUCCGAAUGCUACCACCUUUGUUGUGCCAGCUGAGAUAUUCCCUGCUAGGCUCAGGUCCACGUGCCACGGUAUAUCAGCUGCAGCAGGGAAGGCCGGGGCUAUAAUCGGAGCCUUUGGGUUCCUCUACGCCUCCCAAGAGGAGGACCCGAGUAAGAGAAGUCAUAACUAUCCGUCUGGUAUAGGCAAGAAGAAGUCCCUCAUCAUUCUUGGUGUGAUCAACUUCAUGGGUAUGCUAUGCACUUUCUUGAUUCCUGAACCAAUGGGUAAAUCUCUUGAAGAAUUGGCUGGAGAAGUUGAUGUUGACAACGCUGAAAAUUACUACAAAGUUAUUGUUUGAUUACACCAGUAAAACUUUGUGAUCAACUAGGCUUUAUUGAAUUGCUUUGUUAUUUCUUAAUUAGCAUACACAUAUUAUACAGCUCAAAAUUAAUUUGCUUUAUUUUGGGGCCUUUUUCUCUAUAAAAAUUGAUUCAAUUUGGCGUACAUCUUAGCUUGGUUUUGUUGUUUGCGUUGUGUAUUAGCCUCACUUUGAUU